GACAGAUGAGAAGAAGAAGAAAUAUCAGAACUAAAUAUUUACUGAAGAUAUAUUGUAAACCACAGAUAAUACAGACGAUGAAUCUGUUUGUCAGAAUAGUCACUGGAUCAUCCCGGGUUGGCACCCCCACUUCAUCAGAUUUGAUAAUAGGCAGUUCAGACAUUUUGUCAUCUAUAAACAUUUGACUAAGGAAAAAAUGUCAAUGUAUGAUUAGUCUAUUUUUAUUAGUUCGUGUAUGAAAUUAAAAUAAAUAACAUUUUAGCACAGAUAAUCAGUAUAUGUAUUGAUCGGACCAAGGUCUUUUUGGCCCUUUAUUGAUAUAUGAAUUGACCGAUUUCCCUAUCAUUUGACUAAAGCCAAACACAAAUUCAAAGCUUGUGGAGAACGUAACCAUAAUACAAUUUGUGAAUAAAUAUUGUCGAUUUACCCCAAAAGGUUUUGAUUCCCUGACAGGAUGCGUCAUUCUACAGUUUAUUGAACACUUUGGUCUCCUCUUUCUCGAGGAUGGUCUUGCUUGUACGUCAUAUAAGUCACGAGAACUGAGCUUCCCACUUCAUUGUUUCACCAUAUGAAGAACUUAACGUAUACCAUUCUCUCAUGAUGCAGAUACUUUAACUAACAUUACACAAAUUAUAAAAUAUAAAUCUAUAGAUCGAAAAAAAAGAAAAAAAAACUAUAGAUCGUUAUUUACUCUUGCUCUCAUCUGAUAAGUGUUGGUUUUUGUAGACUAACUUUGGAAUAGAAAUGGGUAUAUUCCCUGGAUUUGGUGGCUGGAUCAAUCAGAAUAUUCAACAAUCCCUCAAGGCGUCCACCAAGAGAUCUGAGAAGGGUAAAUCUAGUUCAGUUUCAGAAGAAGAGAGGUAUCUUCAGGGACCAUGGUAUUGGAAUCCUGCUUUAAGCCCUAAAGAGAAGGCCGAAUCCAUGGAACUAGACCAUGUUAAAUCUAUGCCAAUGUUUGCUUCCGAUCCUAAGUACUAUGACUCGGAUGAACGGGUGAGGCAAGCAGGACUUUGGAUGUCUGAAAAUAAAAAACAUCCAUGGCACGAUGAACCUGCUAAGGUGAAGGUGAAAACAAAAAAUGGCAUUUGCCAUUUAAACAUAUAUUUCACAUUGGGACGGCCUCCUCAAUCAGUCUAUGAGAUGUUCACUGAUCCAAGAAACGUGGGAUUUUUCCAUUCAAUGGGCAAGUACAAGAACCAUUGGCGCACACGUUUGGACACAAUAGCAACAAAGGUUUUAAAGAAGGAUGGACCAAGGCAGAUCACGGAAGUGGAAAAGGUUUUGAGAUGGAAGAUACUUGGGUAUAAUGGGACUAUCCCAAUACAUUUAAUCAUCGAUGAAAACCAUCAAAAAGUUUCCGCAACAUAUAAGAAAGUGAAAGUGAAGCACAUGAAAGUGUUUGAGGGUAGCUGGAAAAUGGAGCCACUGUACGUAGAUCAGGAACGGUUGUGCAAGUCUAGGUCGCAUAUUAGUGAAGAUGAGUACAAGAAAUGUAGCGGCGGUAAAGGAAGGAUUGGGUCAAAGGUGACAAUGGAGCAUAUAUUUCAACCCUCUUCUCUUCUUAAUGUGCCACCGAUUUCUUGGUUCAUCCGUGGUAUCGCUGUCAAAGUCACCAAGACUUUGAUUCAAGAUCUUAGAGAACAUGUAAUCAUGAUGAACAAAAUUGAGGUCUUGGAUCCAGCUGGCGGUAAAUAAACAAAAAGACGUAUUAAAUGUUUGGAUUAUAUUGAGUGCGGAUCAAUAUCUAGCAAUUCAUGUUACUAAAGACAAUCCACCAAUCAGUACACAGUUUAUGUAAAUGCAAUCUGGAUUAUAUUGAGUGAGGAUCAAUAUCCAGCCAUCCAUGUCACUAAAGAUAAUCAACCAAUCAAAAUACAGUUUAUGUAAAUGCAAUUUUCUAAUUAAAUAAUAAAUUAUUUAUUAGUUUAA